GUCUUUUUAAUCUGUCAGCCCCAUGACAUCGGCCCGCUAAAUGUCAUACUUUGACACUUCACAUCUGAUCCAAUGAACUCAAGGGAAGGACUACACCAGUUCAUACAGUGAUUAAAGGUAAACUUACAAGUAAUAUUCAAAUGGAACCGACACAAGACGCCCCGCUGACCUCCACGCCAGUCCGCAACUCCUCCAAAGACUUCCUGUCCAACAUCUCCAGAACAAAAGGAGUGGAGCCAGAAAGCAGCAAAUUCACCAAUCAGUUGGAGACAUCAGAGGUAGAUUCAUCAUGCUGCCAAUCAAAGUCUGUAAGAAAACGUGAGAGUGCUCCCGCUUCCCCGAUAAGAAGACUUAGAAAUAGGGUGGUGAGAGAGCAAAUACAGACGCGCAGUCAAACCAGAAGAACUCCAGCCAAGCGCAAGCGAGGCAGGACGCGGAAGGUGCCGAUGACUGAGAAAACCACAUCUCAGUCAUCGGAGCACUCCACGCCUGAUGCUGCAGAGCAAGAAGACUCUGUACUGUCUUCAGAUCUGUCAAUAGAGCUGAGUCACCAUGAGGAACAGGUGCCAUAUUUGUUCUGCCAGGAUGAUAAUCCUAGUGAGGAGGACGAGGAGCUACCCAGUUUUUUGAUGCAGCAGGAGAAAAAUCCUCCAGCCAUUACAGGAGGAGCCUUUGUGUGGUACAAAUAUAGAAGUUACCCAUUCUGGCCUGCAUCGGUAAAAAGUGUGAACCGUAAGCAGAAAAAAGCGAGCAUCAUAUUCAUUGAUGACCCCUUGAUUCACCAAAAGAAAGGGUUGGCUGUGGCUCUGAAAACCCUGAAACCUUUUGGCUGUGAAGAAGAUCAUGAGCUGGAGUGUAAAGCCAAAGAAAAGUAUAAUGCCGCAAUUGAGUGGUCCUUGGAUCUUAUAACAGACUACAGAAUAAAGAUUGGUUGUGGAUCAUUUUCUGGCUCCUUCCUCGAGUACUUUGCUCACGACAUGAGCUAUCCAUUGAGGAGAAAGUACCCGAAGGCAGCCUCAGAGAGACUUACCAUCCCCAGUGAAUCGGCGGAUGUGAUUGAGGCACCAUUUCAGGAUUACGGCUUCAGUGACCAGCAUGAGGAGGUCAGCACGAGUUUAAAAAGGUUGCUGCCAGACCGGAGUCAUGCCACCCACGACCGUGCUAACAAAAAGCUGGUACAUUUCAUCGUAAAGCAGCGCAUGGUGGAAGGACGCCUUCUGUCUGUGAUCAGUGGGCAGCAGCCGUCCAGAUGGCUUCGCUCCUUUCUGAGUGAUCGGCGUAGGAUGGUGAACGUAUUCUUGGAAGAUGACCAGCAGUUGGACCAGGUCUACAGGUACCUGAAUGAACUCUACACAACAGCAGAGGCCAUCGCCCCUUGUCUACAUGGGAUGGACAUGCAGCUUGUCUCCUUUGUCCUGGAUGUGCUUCUUCCUGAGGCCAUCAUUUAUGCCAUUGCUGGGGUGGACAAUGUCCCAGUAAAAAAGGCAGAAGAAAAAUACCUUAAAGGACGAUGCAUAAGUAAAAGAGAAAGACAGGAGUUUGACCUAAUGAUUGAGCGACAGAUGAGGAACAAAUUCAAGUGUCAGAGCACUUCACCUGGUUUAUUGGAUGACCCCAUCAGUUAGAAGGCUGAUAAAUGUGAAAUAAUUGUAUUCUUCUUUUUUUUUCAAAAACUUUUUUUUAUACAAGCAACGAUGCAUUACUUUGUGCCUUUUUUUUAAAUCUGAAAGGAUUUAAUUAAAUUCUCCUUUGCCUCUUUUUAAGAUGCAUCACUAUAAAUCAUGGGUUAUCACUGCAGAUAUAAUGAUAACAAAUUAUAGAGAAUGUGAUUGGUAUACUUUUGGAAUGAGGGCAAUUAUUCUCUUUGUACAGUGCCAAAUCCUUUUUGUUUAUACGUCCUUAAAUGCUUAUGUGCUAUUCAUUUGUUAAACAUGAAAUGCUAUUACACACUAAAGACUUGCUUUAUAAAACGCGGAUCUUUUAACACAAGUUAUCGCAAUAUGCAUCAACAACAGCUCAACCACCACGGGGCCAACAAUUGUAGCUCUUGUCUAGAAGGCCUAGAAGGUUGUAGCAAUAUCUAUUGUCAAUAACCUUGUUUCAGAAAAAAUAUAUAUAUUGAGAUCAUGCUAAUGCACUUGUCUCCCUCCCCAAAAAUGUCCUACACAAAUUAGGUUGAUUCCUUUGCCAAAAAAGAUACAAGAACAAACAAGGCGGAAGAUUAAUUAUACUGAUAACCUUAUUUAUAAAUAGUAUUGUUUUAGUUCAUUAUCACCAUCUUUCACAAUAUUGUGGUGAAAGGCUAAAGUGUAAAUCUUACACGGUCAUCAUAUUCUGCAGUCUGAAACAGAUGUCCUAACAACCACAAGAAGAAGCAUUGUGCUAAGAGCAACCAUUCAUCUCAAGAUAAAAACCAUUGUGACAUCAGCACAUCUGUAUAUUAUUUAGUCAACUUUAAGCCGUUUGAAAAAAAUGUCAUUAUGUUUGUUUAUUUAUGAUCUAUUCAAUAGUGGCACAUUUCCACUUCCAAUGGGACGUCAGGACUGUUGUGGGGGUUCUGUGUUAUUUGAAUACAUCAAUGGGUUUCUGGGGUGGGUGUGCAGCAGCGGUUGAAAGAAACGCUCGGCCUCCCUCAAACAACUGGGGAAAAAAACCAAAUUAGUAUCAGAUCCAAUAGUAUGUACCUGCAAUACCGGAGGCUGCAGUUUUAGGACCGCAGUCGUAGGACUCUAGUUUUUUUGGCAACAUCGCCACCUAGAGAAUUGGAUGCCCGCAAAAGUACAACCAUCGAGUAUUGAGUCUACACAGCGAGUCUGUUUUAGACAUUAUAAUGCUUGUUAUUAACGAUCUAUGAAUGCAUGAAAAUACUUGUUUCUUACAGAAAUUAAAGAAAUAUGAUGAAAA